AAAGUCGAAAACACGAUUAACGAUCAUAUCGUGUCAAUUAGAGAUUCGAUAAUGGUGUACGUAAAAUUUUUACUGCUAUUCUAUACAUUUGGUUUCUCUUUACAAAGAAGUUAUGGUCAUGGAACGAUGAUGGAUCCUGUUAGCAGAAGCAGCAUGUGGAGGCAGGGAUUUCCUAGCGAGCCAAAUUACACCGACAAUGAAUUAAACUGUGGCGGAACAUUCACUCAGUUCUAUCUGAAUAAGGGAAAGUGUGGCGUGUGCGGUGACAAUUAUGCUAUGCCACGUCCCAGACCGAACGAGAACGGAGGCAUUUACGGAAACAGUACAAUUGUCAAAAAAUACGUAAAAGGAGGGAUCGUCAAUGUUAAAAUAAAGUUGACUGCGAACCAUAUGGGAAAUUUCAAGUUCGAUCUCUGUCCUUUGAAACGAACUAACGAUCUCGAAGACGAGGAAUGUUUCAAUCGCUAUUCACUUAGAGUGAUCAACGGCGAUUACGAAGUGCGGAUUCCUAAUGACAAGCUGAUCUUCAACUUACGCGUUAAACUAUCGAAAAACGUGGUUUGCGACCACUGCGUCUUCAGAUGGACGUACCGAGCCGCAAACAACUGGGGACAGUGCGACGACGGGACGUCGGAUUUGGGCUGCGGCCCUCAAGAGACUUUCAAAAACUGCGCAGACAUUUCGAUCGAACGUUAUUAA